AUGCGCCUGCGAGAUCUUCUGGCAGUGACUACAGUGAUCGCCCUUGUGCGAGCUGAUUGCUACGGCAUAACGACUGGCAUGUAUGGCCAGAGCAUGACUGGCGCAGGUAUAGCCGUCAACGACUUCUGCGCGCAUGACUUGGCCGGUGACUUCACGGAGAGCCAAACCAAAAACCGUUCCCUCAAGUUGUCUAAGAACAAGGUAGAGUUCUGGGUUGCUUGGAAAGGCCGCAGUGGCUGGACACUAAGGAGCGAAGACUUAAUUGAGGAUGGAGCUUUGUGCCAAGGUCUGAAAGGACCGUGGGGAUAG